UUGGGUCAUCUAGACCGAAGGCAAAACAAUAAUACUGUUAUUCGAGCAUCGACCGCAGCAUCAGGAAAUGCAUGCCCCACGGCACCAGUUGCUAUUACUACAACUGUAAAUUCGAGUGUAUCAACAGUAUCAACUAUUACUGGCUCAACCACUUCGUUUGUUACUAUUACAGGUCAAUCGGUACCCAGAGUAAUUACAACUACACUUCCAGCCAUAAAUUUUAAUAAGCCUUUAACAGCACGUAAUGAAGACAUACCAAGUGAAGCUUAUAAAGUUGCAUCAGAUUUUAAAAGCAUCACUUCAAAACGAGGAUUUUCUAAUUGUGGUGGUAUUAUGAACCUUGAUGAUUUCCGUAUACUUUAUUCGGCAUCAAAAAAAACGUUUAUACCUUACUUUAAAGGUCGAACACAAAUUGUUGUAAAUAAUGCGUCGGCACGUCUUUAUGUUCAAGUGUAUGGAACGUCAGCUGCGUUAGAAUUUAAUGGUCCUUGUUUUGGAGCGAAGAACGCAAGUCCUUGCACUUCAGGCAACGUAAUUGAUUCAGGAAACACAUUUGAUAAUCCUGCAGCACAAGCAAUUGGAGCAUCUUUAAUUAAAUAUGGUUAUUUUUCUUUAAUUGAAUCGCUUGGCGGUUACGCAAUUCUUACGAUUCAAACAGGGAAAAAUGAUCCAUACCUUGCUUGUGCAGUGACAAAGAUUGCUGACGAUGAUAAUAUGGCAGACACACUUGUUUCUCCAAGUGCUGCAACUGCUUAUACCGCUACUUCUGCAGCAGUGGGUGUAGUAUGUUUGGCUAUUGCUGCUGGUGGAGUUGUCACUGUUGCCACAGUUGGGACAGAUGCACCUCCUCAACAUGUUAAUCUUGAUCAUGGGCAUCAUAUUACUCAUAAUGGACAUGGACAUAAUGGGCAUCAUAUUCCUCAUAAUGGACAUGGACAUAAUGGGCAUCAUAUUCCUCAUGAUGGACAUGGACAUAAUGGGCAGCAUUGGCAACAUGAACAGCAACCGGUUGAUCAGGAGUAUCAUGCAUCAUCCGGUAUUAAGACUUAUCAUGAAGGGGGAGUAAAAGUUAUAUCAGCCGAUCCGGGUCAGCAUAUUGGAGGAAAUACGGGAGGUACACCAAGUGGCGAUCCGGGUCAGAAUAUUGGAGGAAAUAUGGGAGGUACACCAAGUGGCGAUCCGGGUCAGAAUAUUGGAGGAGAAAUGGGAGGUACACCAAGUGGAGGUGAUCCCCAAGUAACAGCAGCUCCAUCACACGUGCAAUAUCCAUCGUUUUAUGAUUUUAUGUUUUAUACCCAAUCGAUCAUUGCUACUGGGUGGAUCUCAUUAAAUUUAACUUCUGAAUAUCGGAAAUUUACAUCAACAUUCUCAUGGGCAUGUGCACAGGGAUUUAUAAAUCUUAAUAUCCUUGUUUCUGCCGCAAAUAAGUUACGUUAUAACAUCUGUAGUAUAAUUGUUAGUAUGAACACGAACGUAGCAUCAGCUCCGGGAACAUGUGUUGACAGUGAUAAUGGAUACAUGUUGCCACCAGUAGGAUCAAACACUACUCUUACGUUUGGUCCUAAUUUUCCCACAAACACUGUCAUAAAUCUGAAUGGAUUUGAUUCAUAUGCUCAUAUAAUUGGUAUUCCUGUAGAAGAUCUUCCUUUCACGUCAAUGAUUGGGUUCUUAGUCGUUAUGGCCAUUGCAAUUACAACAGUUCUUUUAAGUGCUAUUAUAGCUAGCAUAGUUAUAAAAUAUCGACAAAAUGCACCUGAAUUUUGGAUAACGAUGAGAAAUAAUAUUCAUUUAUUCUUAUUUGCACUUACAAUAUAUCAACUAUCUUACACUAAUGAUUGUUGGAUGUUACUUUUCCUCGCUUCAUUUAUUUUAGCCUUUAUUGUUUUUAUGCAUUCAUUCAGUAUGAUACAAAUCCAUAAACAAAUAAAAUCAGGCAAUUUGGAUUCGUUAAUGACCGAAAAUAAAUAUAAAAUCAUUUACUCUGCGCUAUACAACCAAUAUAGACCUAGCGAGUAUAAGUUUCAUAAAUAUACAAUCAUACAUACAGUCACACGCGCAUGCGUAAUUGGCGCUCUACAAAGUAGUGGAGAAAUACAACUUGGAGGUCUUCUUUUAAUUGAAUUUUUUUAUUUGGUUCUACUUAUUAAUCAUAAACCAUAUACAGAUAGAAUAUUUGGAAACAAUUUAAAUAUAGUACUCUCAGUUGCUAGACUUCUCGUUAUCAUUCUUUUAGUACCAUUUGUACAAACUCUUAGUAAUUUUGUUCCACCAAAUAUAUUAAAAAUCUUUUCGUUCACAUUAAUUAUUGUACAAGCAGUUAUUUUAGGUUCAUUAGGAAUAAUGAUCAUUGCAAAGUUGGUUAGAUUGAUGAUUAAUUCAUGGAGGAGGAGUCGGUGGUGUAUGAAAUCUGAAGCAAUUAUCACUGAAUAA